UGUCGAGUGGCCGGGCCGGGGAGGCGAGGAAAACAACAAGAGGAGGAGGACAAGUGAGGCAAAAAACGCAUGAAACAUCAAAAUGGGAACCGUGCACGCAAAAAGUCCAGAACAAGAAGAGCACGAUGGGCAUAAAGUAGACUUCCAAUCAAUGAAGCAAAUUAGCAAGGAAGAGAGAGAGGAACUAAGAAAAAGACUAAAGAGUAUUAGAGAAAGGCUGGCUGAGCAAAAAGCUCAGGUUAUGAACAAGAAGUUGAGGAAUACUCAGGCCCAUGUGCAAAGAGUCCAUGUUGAUGGGCUGGCGCGCACAAAGGACGACAUUGUCAUUAAUACCGUCAGAGAUGUCUUCACUGCCCAGGACUUCUACUCAGUAAUUCUAAAGAUCCAUGAAGCAAGAUCAAGAUUAGCAAAAUUAGGAUGUUUCAAGGAUGUUGGUGUUUUUAUUGAUACAUAUGAAGGGCCAGAUGCUAGAGAUGAUGGAAUUGAGGUAACCUUUGAGGUGCGGGAAGUGAACUUUCUGGGUGCAAAGGUCAACACCAGUGUGGGAAACAAUGAAGGGACAGUGACCACAGGAGGGAUGCUGAAGAACAUCUUUGGCCGGGCGGAGGAGCUUAGUCUUGAAUAUUCCCACGGCACCAAAAGGAGUUCAUCCUUCUAUUCAACAUUUGUAAAACCUUUCCAUAAUGAAGCAAGUACUGUGCUAACUGCAAGUCUUUAUCAACAAGGGUCAGAAGCUCCAUGGUCUGGCUUCAGAGAACUAGACCGUGGAGCAUUACUUAAUCUUGCUUUCAACUCUGCACCAAAUGUACAACAGAAACUCAUUCUUGAAGGUUGCUGGCGUCACCUCUCCUGUCUGUCUCGGUCCACUGCCUUUGCUGUGAGGGAACAAGCUGGCCACUCCCUCAAGUCCUCCCUCCGUCAUGAGCUGAAUGUUGAUAAGAGAGAUGAUUUGGUUUUCCCAACUGAUGGAGUCACCUUUACUUUAAAGAAUGAAUUGGCAGGUCUAGGAGGAGAUAUUGGCUUCUUGAAGAAUGAACUAGAUAUGCAAGUGAAUGUUCCAGUGACAAAAGAACUUGUCAUCCAAGGGUCACUACAGGCAGGCCACCUUCUGCCACUGAGGAACAACAAAACCCACUGCAUUACAGACCGCUUCAUGCUCGGUGGCCCCAUGAAUCUUAGAGGCUUCGAGAUGGCAGGAGUUGGACCACACAGCGACGGGUGUUCUCUUGGGGCAGAGAUGUUUUGGGCUGCAGCACUACAUGCCUACAUCCCUCUACCUCUACUUUCACGGGGUGGUUCCAUCAGUGAGAAGUUCAGACUACAUGGUUUUGUAAAUACAGGAAACAUUGGGGACUUUGUCAUGACGGACGACUACAAAGAAAACCUCCAGACCCUCAUACGGGACAUGCGACUCUCUUACGGGGCAGGACUCGCCAUGAGCUUAGGAGGAUUUGCACGGGUUGAGCUGAACUACUGCAUCCCACUUCUGCUGCAGCGUGGUGACAGACCAAACCAGGGCCUUCAGUUCGGUGUUGCAGCAACCUUUUUGUAGUACUUAAAGAGGAAGAGUUAAGGGUUGAAGUUAAAUAAUUAAAAUGUAUUAAAAAAAAAAUAGUUGGUUACUAUCUGUUCUCUUUGAGGUUGAAGGUAUAUAGAUAUAUGAAAUCUCAUAUUUUCUUAUACUCUUAACAAGAUAUUUUUUUUAUCUGUUACAGUAAAAAACAUGGAGAAAGAAUAAUUUAUUGUAUAUUACAGGUGUAUAUCUAUGGUUACAUCCCCCUGGUUUUCAUGUUGACUGUUAAAUAUGCAUUUCAAACUUCCCCAAAAUAUGAAGGAAACGAGCUGCAGCUAAAACUGUCACGUUGGAGUAUGAUCGGUUGUUAAGUUAGUAAGGAUAAAUCUCCAAUGCAGCAGACAUACUAAAUCAUAGGCAAGAGGGAGAAAGUAGUUCUGUACAUGUGGUAGGCUGAUUAACAGGUAUUAAGAUCUUUAACAAAGCUUUUUGGACCAACUUGAAUGCUUUUUUGGGUUACUGAAGACAGUUUGCUAAAAACAUUUAGGAAGAAGGCUUGGCCAUAAACACACUUUCGACUCCAAUUUUCACCCUUUCUGUCUUCAGGAUUUUUUUAACAAAUGAAUAUAAAUUCAUUUAUAUGCAAAGCUUCUGUACAGUGUAUAAAUACAAAUAAUUU